GUGACUUGCAGCAACAGCCGACGCUGCUGCAGCAGCAGUCCCAAGUCCAGCAGCAGCUGCAAAUGUAGCAGCAGCAGCAGUAACAGUAGCAGUAGCAGCAGGAGUAAUAGUAGCAGCAGCAGCAGCAGUAGCAGCAGCAGUAGCAGCAGCAGUAGCAGCAGCAGCAGUAGCAGCAGCAGCAGUAGCAGCAGCAGCAGUAGCAGCAGCAGCAGUAGCAGCUGA